UGAUUGGUUUCUCGUGUCUGCCGUAAACGAAUGUUUUAAGACUGAAAGUAAAACAAGUCGCUAUAACGGACCUUUCGGAUUGUUCUCAAUGCAGUCCGGGAAACAAGAGGGAAAAUAAUUCGAGUGUAGUUGGUGUUUCAGUCAUUGUACUUAAACAGGGCGAAAAUUAAACUGCGACCCAAAUAAUCGAGAUUUCUGCGUGAAUUAGCAGUGUAGCUAAUUAGCUGCUUAGCUUAUAUGCAAAAACCUGGCAGCUCUCGCUAUAACAGUGUAGGAAACCUCUAAGGGCUGAAUAGGUUUUCUGUUUAAACGCUAAGCAUUGCUCUCAGUGUAUUUGGUACAAGAUUAUAUCUUCAGUUUCGAAGGAAAACGUGGUGCUAAAGAGCUAUAUAGCAUGCUAACUUAGCUGAUUUGCUGGUCAUUCGAGUUGUGCAAUAGCAGAUACUAGCAGUUCCAUUAGCAACAGUUUGGUGAGCUUCUGCAGAAAAUCGCUACUACUGAAAGACAAAAUACAGCUUGGACAUGAAAGAAUGAGCGUCUUACAGAAUGAGAAAAGGUUAAAACUGGAAGUUGACUCUCACUCAGAGGAAGCCACUGAAACACACCGAGGUAGUUCAUCCACCAAUGUGCUAGCACCAACCAUGGAUGAAACCCAGAUGGAAGUAAACAGCAAUAUCAGUAGUGAUGUGACCGUUGAAGACAUGAGAACAGACCAUCAUAAAUCGAUUGAGUGCAAUGAGAAAGAUGCUUUCCAGCCGAAAGAAACCAUGCAUUUUGAUGCGUCUCAAAGGGAUGACCAAAAGUUAGAAGAAACUCCCAUAAAUACUAACUCUAACACAGAGACUGCACUUGGACAGAGUUCUACUAAUAUCAGUGUUCAGGAUAAAGCGGUCACUGAAACGAAGCCCAAAACAGAAGAGAAGGCUCUUGUAUCUAACGCAACGGAAGCCAAUCCUAGGAAGGUAGCAAGCAUAUCUACAGAAAAUGCAACGAUGGUUCUUAGUUUAUCUCACAAUACAAGUGUUGAUGUGGAGAUGCUGAGCCCAGAAAGUCCACCGUGCAAUUCCUUGCUGUGUUACAGCUUGGGGGAAAGGCACGUUCCCAACACUGAGUCUCAGGCGCUCUGUGCUCAAUCCUCAUUUCCUGUAGAACCUACUAACAUCAUUGACACUAAACCUGAACCUGGAACUAUCACUAAGCGUGAUGUGGCAGUCAUGGAAACAGAUAAUUCCAACACGCCCGUCUCUGGUGGAAGUUCGUCACUGUCAUCCGAAGGCUCCAGUAGCAGCCAUUCACAAAAAAGUGAUCUAUUUCUGAGGAAGUGGUUGGGAACACCAAUAGACGAGCUGAGGAGGAUGCCAAUGUGUGCUCAGGCCUUACCCCCGCUCCGGGCAACAGACAGUCACAAAGUGCUCAUCAGGACUGACCUGCUCAAAGAAGGUGAGGUCCCUGUUCCGUACCCAAGCAAGUUUCGAGAUGCCUGGGAUGAUAUGACGGUCAAGAUGCCCUGCUCAGAGAAGAACCUUUUUCCUUUGGAGAAUGAGGAUGGGGUGCAGAGUCGGUGGGAGCUCAUUAUUUCUGCCCUGGAAACCGAAUGCAAAAGUUCAUUGGAUAUUCGGGAAGCAAUAUUGACCUACAAUGCAGCACACGCAAAGCGAUGGGACUUCACAGCUCUGAAUGUUCUUUGCACUGAUGGCUUGGAGCACACAGAGGCACAGUAUCUGUUUGACGUUAUGCUUCCAAAGAUGACAAAAUUAGCCCUGAACGCUCCACGGAUUUGUACUCAGCCAAUCCCCCUGCUUAAGCAGAACAUGAAUCAGUCCCUGACUCUGUCCCAGGAACAAAUUGCCUGCUUGCUGGCCAACGCCUUUUUCUGUACAUUCCCCAGGCGCAACUCACGCAAGUCUGAGUACAACAACUACCCUGAGAUUAAUUUCUACAGAUUGUUUGAAGGAUCCUCUCACAAGAAGAUUGAAAAACUCAAAACUAUUCUGUGCUAUUUCAGAAGAGUCACCACUGAAAGACCCACAGGUCUCGUGACAUUUACAAGACAAGGCCUGAACAGUUUUCCUAAAUGGGAAAGCUUGCUUACCAGGCUCACACGACUUCAUAUCUCUUGUGAGGGGACGAUUGAGGAUCAGGGAUACGGCAUGCUGCAGGUGGACUUUGCUAACAGGAUGGUAGGUGGAGGGGUAACAGGUCAUGGGUUGGUCCAAGAGGAGAUUCGCUUUCUCAUCAACCCAGAGCUAAUUGUCUCACGUCUCUUUACUGAGGCUUUAGAAUACAACGAGUGCCUUAUUAUUACAGGCACAGAGCAGUACAGUAAGUAUUCUGGCUAUGCAGAGAGCUACAAAUGGAAGGCUAAUCACAAAGAUGAGACACCAAGGGAUGAGUGGCAGAGAAGGUGUACAGAGAUUGUAGCAGUGGAUGCGCUGAAGUACAGAAACUACAUGGAGCAGUUCUACCCUGAGAAAUUCACAAGGGAACUCAACAAGGCGUACUGUGGGUUUGUGCGGCACAGCGUUAAACCCCAGAACCUCUCAGCCAUUGCCACAGGAAACUGGGGAUGUGGUGCAUUCGGAGGAGACACACGACUCAAAGCCUUGCUGCAGUUAAUGGCGGCGGCAGAGGCCGGCAGAGAUGUGGCCUAUUUCACAUUCGGGGACUCUGGUCUCAUGAGGGACGUUCAUGAUCUGCACAAGUUUCUAACAGAUAAACAUGUCACAGUGGGGAAACUAUAUGGUCUCCUGAAGCAAUAUUUUCAUGUGGUGGUGAAGAACAGUCAGAGUCAGAGGCCUGAUGUCAGUCUUUAUGGCUUCAUCGUUGAUCAGAUCAACUCAGAUCCUCCUCCUGAGCCCACUGCAGCCUCCUCUCCUCCUCACGAUGGACAUUAAUGCUGGCCUGUCAUGAGCUGACAUGCAUCCUUAGUGCUUCCUUCUUCUUUAGGAAAAGAUCUUUUUAGGUGAUUUUCGGAGAUGUGAUGGACGUCUGUAUACAUUUACUGAGCUCAGAAAAUGCAUCAAGACAUAAUACACUAAAUAUGUGACUUGAGAGUAAGGCAACGUGCCUGGUUACUUGCAUUUCCCCAUUUAUCUGAGAGACAUUUGUAGGCAGAGUUACUGCAUGGUGUCCACUUUAAAAUUAGGUGACAGGCAUAUUAAUCUUUUGCGGAUGACUAUUAGUAAAGCUCUUACACGGAUACAAUACUGUGUACUAGAACCAUAUAGAAGUAUGCAUGAAAGAUUUAAAAAAUCCAAAAGAAUAUUCACUACGACACUUGAUCAUGAAAAAAAGUAUGCAGUAAGAGUCAUCACUUUUCCCAUGUUGGGUUCAGAAAAGUAUUGUUAUAAUUGAGUUUUCAAAAUUCUGUAACUGUUAAGCGAAAUAAUUUGUACCUUCAAUCUAUAGGCAGUGUUGCUAUAUUGAAUUGAUCAUCUUGGCAUGUACUUUUUAACAAUUUAUUAAGAUUUCUAUGUUCAAGUUUA